CUUCCUUCUCUAUCCGCUCACAGCUCGCAGCAUGGGUCCCAAACCAAGGUUCAACGAUCCGCUAGAGGCGUCUUCUUACUUCCAUCCCAUUGGUACCAAUCCCUACCAACAUCUUCGCAAAAGGCUUGUCGAACAAAUCAUUGCACAGGGCUACGAUUAUGACACCCUCACCGAGAUCCCCGUGGACUGGUCCAACGACCAAGACACCAAUGGCCACAUAUCAAAUCCUGUAUACGGACGAUACGCUAGUACGGGCAAUGUCCGAUUGUUCGAGUCGUUUGCGUCCACUAUCGGAGAUAUAUCCAGGGAGAUGUUGUCUGGAAAAGAGAUUGGUCCGCUGUUGAAGGGGUAUCAUUACGAUUUGAAACGCCCUGCUAGCUACCCGGACGCAGUGAUAGUCGGCAAUCGCCUUUCCAAGCUUCUUGCAGAUCGUUAUUUCACGACGACCACCAUCUGGUCGCUACGUCAGCAAUGCGUUGUCGCUGAGCUACGAGGCUGGAUUGUGUUUGUGGACCCAGCAACAGGAAGACCGGUUGACUUGGUGGAGAAGGGGGAACCUUAUGCUACCUUGUGGAAACAUAUUGAGGAAAAAGUGGAGCGCGCCAACACACUAUUAGGGAAAUGGAACACCGAACAUCGGCCUCGCGAGAAGUUGUAAAAAGUCCAGCACCGCUUCCCAGCAGCAUGUCAACGCCACGCAUACAGAUGCUGGGCAUGAAAUACAUCAGUUCCGUUUUCCUAGGUGUGGGAAUUUCACUGGGUUACAGUUUCAGCAACUCUAACCUGGAUUGCAAUCCUCCAUGGUUCUAUAACACAUACUCUCAGGUGUGUCUUACCG